GGUGCGGAGCGGGCGCCGCGGGGGCAGCUCCCCUCGGGGCGGGCUGGGGCGCCCCCGCCGCGCCGGCAAGAGGGGCUGCGCCCUCUGAUGGGCCCGGGCGAUGGGAGGCAGCGCGGCGGGGCGGGGUGACCGCCGCGGCUCUAAUAAGGCCGGGGCUGGCGCUGGCCGAGGGCUGUUCGCCUCGGUGCCCCCGCCAGCCCCCGAGCAUGCAGUGCUUCCCCAGCCUGGUGCUGGCGCUCAGCUCGCUGCUGGGCGCCCUGGCGCUGCUGCAGCUCUCGCUCUACCUCCGGGUACCGUCCCGCUACGGGAAGCACGAGGAGCGGCUGUGCCGGCCGCGGGGCCGGGUACCGGCGCGCUGCGCUUGGUUCCUGCAGGAGCUGCCCUCCUUCCUGGUACCCGCGCUGCUGCUGGCGCUGCGCAGCCCGCCCCGCCUCGAGCCGCUCGGCUGCCGCCUCCUGUGCUGCCUCUUCUGCUGGCACUACUUCUACAGGACAUUUAUUUACCCCUUCUUCACUAGAGGCAGACCUUUCCCACUGCAAUUGCUUUUCUUUGGCACGUUAUUCUGUAUCUAUAAUGGCUUCCUCCAGGGGUACUACCUGAUUUACUGCGCUGAAUAUCCAAAUGACUGGUGCACUGACAUCAGAUUUACAUCAGGCCUCCUCUUAUUUUUGCUGGGAAUGGGAAUCAACAUUCACAGUGAUCUCCUGCUGCGCCAGCUGAGGAAACCCGGGGAAGUCACUUACAAGAUUCCUCAAGGGGGACUGUUCACCUAUGUUUCUGGAGCCAACUACUUCGGAGAAAUUGUGGAGUGGUUUGGUUUUGCCAUAGCAACCUGGUCCUUACCAGCCUUUGCCUUUGCCUUUUUUACUCUUUGCUGCAUCGGGCCACGUGCUUAUCACCAUCACAGGUACUAUCUCAAGACAUUUACGGACUAUCCAAAAUCAAGGAAAGCCUUGAUUCCCUUUGUUUUUUAAUGAUGAAAAUAUGGACUCUGUGUUCUGUUUUUAUAGGGCUUUUUUCAAUUCCUAGUUUUAAUGUUAGGUCUGAUUAUAAUUAAUUGUACAAAUGAUAACCUGGGUUUGUAACAGACAAUAAGGUAAUUUGGAACUGAAGUUUACGUUUUCAGUUACAGGGGAAAUUGCAAAUAGUUGUGGGCAAAGGGACUCCCCAAACAACAUGUUUGUUUUCAGUGGAGUUCUGCCUACAGAAAAUGGAUAUAUAACUGCACUGACAUCAGACAAAAAGCA